AUGGUGCCUGCUACGACGUCGGGUGGCCGCAUGCGUGGCCUCGCCAGGUUCUGCAGGCAGGUCCACGCCCUCCUCCUCAAGAACCUCUCCUUCCAGAGGAGGAACUGCAAGACCAACACCGGGAUCGCCGUCUUCCCGGUGCUCCUCUGCGUGCUUCUCGUCGCCAUCCAGACCAUGGUCGACCGCGAGCUCGGCAGGCCCCCGUUCCAGUGCGGCUGCGCCUGCGUCCUCGCCGGCCCCACGGGCGCCUGCCAGAGGACGGAGUGCGGCGUCCAGUACUCCACGCCCGCGCAGGCGAUCAGCUGCGAGGUGCCCGCGCCGCCCAGGUGGCCGGCGCUCGUGCAGGUGCCCGCCGUCCCAGCCUCCCUGCGCGGCCUCCCGACCGCACCGUGCAGCAGCGCGAACACGUCGGCGCCGUGCGGCCCAGUCGCCGUGCUCCUCACCGGCCAAAACCGUGGCCUCUCCCAAAGCCUUGGAAGGGGGCUGUUCCCGGAGAUCACUGCUUCAGACUAUCUCCACAUGUCGUCUGGAGCUAUGAAUUCUUCAGAGUGUCGUGAUGAGCUCUCCAAAGUUGUCCCUGGUUCAAGCACAUUGCCCGCUCAUGUGCUCUUCGUGGAGCCCGGCCUUGUCCCCAACGAGACCUUGUAUGUCAUCCAGUCCAAGUGUUCCUGGCCUCCACGCAACGUAUCAACAAGUUCCGACGGAGUGCCCAUCGAUGUUGACGUGGAGUGUGUUCAAGGUUUUCCUUUGUGGUGCCAGAAUUCAUCCGUGAUAAACCGCCAUUUCUUCAAGGGUUAUAAGGGUGCAAAUAAGAGGAGAAGAUCAAAUGAAUUCCUCGCUGGUUAUGACUUUCUUGAUACAAGCAAGAGCCGCUUCCAAGUAGACGUUUCGUACAACUCCACUUUCAGCAGGGAUAAUGGACACCAUUCCAUGACAGUUUUGCGCGUUGCACGGUUGGUUAAUAUGGCAUCCACUGCAUAUCUAAAGGUCCGUCAAGGAGUGAGCGCAGAAAUGCGCCUUGAAUUUUUGAAAGAGAUGCCCAAAGCUGCAAUCAGAAUCAGGCUGGACCUUACCACUCUUCUUGCGGCACUGUUCUUCACAUGGACAGUUCAGCUCCUUCUUCCAGUAAUAUUGACAUGUCUUGUUUACGAGAAGCAGCAGAAGCUAAGACUGAUGAUGAAAAUGCAUGGACUAAAGGAUGGACCAUAUUGGCUGAUAUCUUAUUUCUACUUCUUGGCCCUUUCAGCAGCUUACAUGAUACUCUUUGUGCUUUUCGGAUCAUUUAUAGGUCUUGAGAUAUUCAGAUCAAAUAGUUACGGCAUACAGUUUUUGUUCUUUUUCAUCUACAUCAAUCUGCAGAUCGUUUUUGCCAUUCUUCUUGCGUCUUUCUUCUCAUCUGUCAAUACUGCUAGUGUAAUUAGUUACAUUUACGUCUUUGGCUCUAGCCUUCUCGGAGAAGCGCUUCUGAAGUUGUUCAUUGAGGAUGCUACUUUCCCAAGGCUUUGGCUUGUAGUAAUGGAGCUUGUUCCUGGGUUCUCCCUCUACCGAGGAUUUUAUGAGUUAGCAGAGUAUGCAGCUUCAGGUAGCCAGAAGGGGAAGCCUGGAAUGCAAUGGGGGGACUUGAACGACCCGGUCAAUGGGAUGAAAGAAGUUUUGGUUCUGAUGUCUGUAGAAUGGAUACUUAUGCUGCCUUUGGCAUUUUUGUUGGAUCAUAGACCUGCAUGGCAUCCUCUAUUUCUCUUCGGAAUUCUGUCAACGAAGCACUCAUCGCCAACACGGAGACCAGAUAAAGCGAAGCAGCUGAGUUCUACGAAAAUCUUCGCUGAUAUGAUCAAGCAUGAUGUUUUCCUUGAGCGCAAAUUGGUGAAACAAUUACUAAUGGAAAUGGACACUAGGAGUAUGAUCAUCUGCCACAAUCUGAAGAAAGUGUAUCAUGGAAAGAACGGGAACCCUGACAAGCUUGCUGUCAGAGGGUUAUCACUUGCUUUACGCAAAGGGCAGUGUUUUGGAAUGCUUGGUCCCAAUGGGGCAGGGAAGACCUCCUUCAUCAACAUGAUGAUUGGGCUUGUGAGGCCAAGUUAUGGUACUGCUUACAUACAUGGAAUGGAUUUGAGAAAAGAUAUGACUGAAAUAUACGAAAACAUCGGUGUAUGUCCGCAGCACGAUUUGCUUUGGGGGACUCUGACAGGAAGAGAGCAUCUACUGUUCUAUGGCCGAAUGAAGAACCUCACAGGUGCUGCUCUAGUGAAGGCAGUCGACAAAUCCCUGAAGAGCGUAAACCUUUUCUACUGUGGUUUCGGUGACAAAUCUGUAAACAAGUACAGCGGUGGCAUGAAAAGAAGGCUCAGCGUGGCCAUCGCCCUCAUAGGCAAUCCCAAAGUGGUCUACAUGGAUGAACCGAGCACCGGAUUGGACACGACAUCCAGGAAUGAUCUGUGGAACGUUAUCAAGCGAGCAAAGAAGGAAUGCACCAUCAUCCUCACAACGCAUUCGAUGGAAGAGGCCGAGGAGCUAUGCGAUCGCGUCGGAAUCUUCGUCAGUGGAAACUUCCACUGUCUUGGAACACCCAAUGAGUUGAAGGCAAGAUAUGGCGGCACCCGGGUCCUGACGAUCACGACGGCGGUGGAGCACGAGGAGGAGGUGGCGCGGCUGAUCACCGAGCUGUCCCCUAGCGCAACCAAGAUCUACGGCAUGUCGGGGACGCAGAAGUUCGAGCUGCCGAAGCGGGAGGUGAGGUUGGAGGGCGUGUUCGGCGCGGUGGCGGCGGCGAGGGGCAGGUUCCCUGUGCAGGGGUGGGGAGUGACCGACACCACGCUGGAGGACGUCUUUAUCAGGGUCGCCAAGGACGCCCGCGCCUUCGACGUCCUCUCCUAG